CAGCGAAGCCGUUGCCUGCCCGCCGUGAUCGCGCUCGCCUCAUCUCCCACCUCUCGGCGAAUCCGCAGCAGCUGGCGGCAGCAUCCGCCAAAGACCAAUUCCACCUUAUCCGGCGGGGGGCGAGAAAGGGUGGUUCGAAAGAUCCACCCACCCACCGGGCCGCCGGUUACUGGGAGCAGACCUGGGCGGUGCUGCAGCUACCGGCUGGCCGAGUCGCGCCUCCGCCAGAAAAGCGAUGGGCUCCGGUCCCGGGACAGCAGCCUCGGUCAAUCCCGGCGCCUCGAGUCAACUGGCACGGCCCUCCACCUACGCCUUCACACGCGCGGCGCCGGCGGCGGAGAAGAAGGCGAUGGGGAGGCGGGAGGCGGCGUGAGCCUGCGAGCCUCGGGGGCGCGGCGGCGAGCGAGACCUCAGACUGACGGAGCAGUAUUUUGGGGAAUAAUACUCUGCUUGUUUCACUGCGUUACUCCACUAGAGGACCUGCUUCCGCUCACAAAAUUAGCAUUUCACCACAACUUGCUGCUAGUAUCGAGCCUUGAUAGGCUGCUCAGGUCGGACACGGACAGCUUGGGUUGCUACCAACGUGAUCAGUUUGUGUAUGUUCUCUCAUCAGGCAAAGUUUUCCAAGGAACUACUCUGAUGCUACAGUAGUAAGAGAAGGAAGAUGGAGCUGCUCAGCAUCAUUCUAAUUGUCGCAUCACUCGUCCCAUUCUCAGCAUCUGAUCGUCAAGGUGAUGCCUUGUAUGAUAUGAAGCUGAAACUAAAUGCUACUGGCAGUCAGCUUGCCGACUGGAACCAAAAUCAAGUUAACCCCUGCACCUGGAAUUCUGUUAUUUGUGACAAUAAUAACAAUGUUGUGCAAGUAACAUUGGCUUCUAUGGGAUUUACUGGAGUUCUGUCACCAAGAAUUGGAGAGCUGGAGUAUUUGAAUGUUCUGUCCUUGCCUGGUAACAACAUCACUGGUGGCAUACCAGAGCAGUUUGGUAACCUCUCUCGCUUGACAAGCUUAGAUUUGGAAGACAACCUGUUGGUUGGGCCAAUACCAGCCUCUCUUGGCCAGCUUUCAAAGCUUCAGCUUCUGAUACUGAGUCAAAACAACCUCAAUGGAUCUAUUCCUGAAACGCUAGCAAGUAUCUCAAGCUUGACAGACAUCCGGCUAGCUUACAAUAAACUCACUGGUCAAAUACCUCCUCAGUUGUUUCAAGUUGCACGUUACAAUUUUUCUGGUAAUAACUUGACCUGUGGAGCAAACUUCCUCCAUCCAUGUGCCUCAAGUGUGUCUUACCAAGGUUCAUCAAAGGGUUCGAAAAUAGGCAUUGUUAUUGGAACAGUCGGAGGUGUGAUGGGGCUUCUCAUCCUAGGUGCUAUAUGCAUUAUUUGUAAUGGAAGGAGAAAAGGUCAUCUACGUGAAGUAUUUGUGGAUGUAUCAGGUGAGGAUGAUCGUAGAAUUGCAUUUGGCCAGUUGAAACGAUUUGCAUGGCGAGAAUUGCAACUUGCAACUGAUAAUUUCAGUGAGAAAAAUGUUCUUGGACAAGGGGGUUUUGGUAAGGUGUAUAAAGGAGCACUUCCAGAUGGUACUAAGAUUGCUGUCAAACGGUUAACUGAUUAUGAAAGUCCUGGUGGAGAGGCUGCCUUCUUGCGUGAGGUUGAGCUGAUUAGUGUUGCAGUUCACCGGAAUCUUUUAAGAUUGAUUGGUUUCUGUACCACGCAAACAGAGCGCCUACUUGUUUAUCCUUUCAUGCAGAAUCUUAGUGUAGCCUACCGUCUACGAGAAUUUAAACCUGGGGAACCAAUAUUAGAUUGGUCUGCAAGGAAGCGAGUGGCUAUAGGCACAGCUCGUGGACUGGAGUAUCUGCACGAGCACUGUAAUCCUAAGAUAAUACAUCGUGACGUCAAGGCUGCCAACGUCUUGCUUGAUGAAGGCUUUGAACCGGUUGUCGGUGAUUUUGGCUUGGCCAAGCUGGUGGAUGUACAAAAGACAUCCGUGACUACUCAAGUCCGAGGAACUAUGGGUCAUAUUGCCCCUGAAUAUCUAUCCACUGGAAAGUCAUCCGAGAGAACUGAUGUUUUCGGUUAUGGCAUAAUGCUUCUUGAGCUAGUCACGGGACAGCGUGCCAUCGACUUUUCACGCUUGGAGGAAGAAGACGACGUGCUAUUACUUGACCAUGUCAAGAAGCUGCAAAGGGAAGGUCGUCUCGACGCCAUCGUCGACCGCAACUUGAACAGCAACUACAACGCGCAGGAGGUGGAGAUGAUGAUCCAGAUCGCGCUGCUAUGCACGCAGGCCUCGCCCGAGGACCGCCCGUCCAUGUCCGAGGUGGUCCGGAUGCUGGAGGGCGAGGGCCUCGCCGAGCGGUGGGAGGAGUGGCAGCAGGUGGAGGUGACGCGGAGGGAGGACUACGAGCGGAUGCAGCAGCGGUUCGACUGGGGCGAGGACUCCAUCUACAACCAGGACGCCAUCGAGCUCUCCGCCGGCAGAUAGCGGCGGCGGCGGCGUGCCAGACCGAGCUCGCCGUCGCAGUGGCGGACGCAUACGGCAUCGUCUACGACGCCUGUAAAAUAUCUGCUAGUACCUCUUUGGUGUCGAUACUUGAUGGGGUAGAUAAAAUUAGGUACUGCGUCGUACAUGCUGUGAAUACGGAUGGUUACGAUGAUUUACGGCCCCCCAUUCCUGCUUGUACCUCUGGGGGAAGCUGGAGACGCAUGUGCCGCCCGGUUUAAACCACAUGUAGACACCAGCUUGACGAAGUCGGGUCGGUGUCUGUUGUAUUGUUUCUGCUGUCACGUGCUCUGUGUUUAACUUCUACUUCACCACUGCUCAGCUUGUUGAGAAUCUAGAUCUACCUUAUCGCUUCA